ACGGGACCCCGCAGGCAGCUGUGGGUCCGGGCCCGGCGCUGCCUGCCAGGGCGUCUCCCGGCCCGUCGCUUAUUUAACCCCGGGGGCGGGGCGGGGCGGGGCGCUGCUUACACAACGGCGGAGCGGCGCCAUGUCCUGGUACCGGAACGCCGUGUGGUUCCUGAAGGGGCUGCGGGAGUACACCAGGAGUGGCUAUGAUUCUGCAUCCAAACACUUUGUUCCGGCAGAUUUGGAGGUAAAUGUAACUGGAAGAUCCUUCAUGAUUACUGGAGCAAACAGUGGUAUUGGCAAAGCAACUGCAAUGGAAAUAGCAAAGAGAGGUGGCACACUUCAUCUGGUUUGCCGAAAUAAAGAGAGAGCUGAAGAAGCUAAAAGAGAAAUAACAACAGAAACUGGUAAUCGGAAUAUCUUUUUGCACAUUCUGGAUAUGUCUAAUCCCAAGGGAAUUUGGGAGUUUGCUGAAAAAUUCAAGACUGAACAUAAGUUAAAUGUCUUGAUCAACAAUGCAGGCUGCAUGGUAAACAGAAGAGAAUUAACAGAAGAUGGACUUGAAAAGAACUUUGCUACAAAUACCUUGGGUACAUACAUUCUCACAACUGCUCUACUGCCUUUGCUGGCAAACGAAGAUGAUCCCAGAGUUAUAAUUGUCUCUUCAGGAGGGAUGUUGGUUCAGAAAUUGGAUGUAUCUGAUUUGCAGUCCGAAAAUGUAACAUUUGAUGGUACAAUGGUUUAUGCCCAAAACAAGAGACAGCAAGUAGUCUUGACAGAACAAUGGGCUAAAGUGCACAAAAACAUCCAUUUCUCUGCCAUGCAUCCUGGCUGGGCAGAUACACCAGCGGUGAGAUCAGCGAUGCCAGAGUUCUAUGAAAAGAUGAAGAACAAACUGCGCACAGAGGUUCAGGGAGCCGAUACAGUAGUAUGGCUGGCAGUCUCACCUGCAGCAGCUAAGCAAACAAGCGGCCUGUUCUUCCAAGACCGGCACCCUGUUUCUACCCACUUGCUCUUGGCCAGAACAUAUUCAUCACCAGAGGAGGAAGAGAAGCUAAUAGAAGCUUUGGAAGAGCUUUCCCAGAAAUUUAAACCUGCUUGAUCAUGUCCUCUGUAGGCAUUUAUCACUACUCAGUUGAACAGAAAUGAAGCUUUAACUUACAAUACUAGCAAAACUGUAUUACACCUGUUACAAAUAUGAGGGGAAGAGAACAAGUUUGCUACAACUAAUAUUAUAAAAGGUGAACUAUCAUUCUACUUAAAUAUAUGUUGUAAUGCAGGCUUUCAUAAGAUAGCAUAAGCUAUUAAGCAGUUGCCUGUGAAUUCAGAUUUUGCUCCCCUGAAGUCCUACCUCCUUCAUGUCAUACAUUAAGGUACAUUCACCUUGCUUCAAGUAUGUACAGGAAACAGCAGAGGGAGGUAUUUCAGCAUUGAGUUGCUCAUAUGUCCCUGUAACAAGCAUGUUGUAGUCUAGCACCAUUACUAAUUAAAGUUCAUUUCCUAGUGACUGCAGCCCCACCUGUUUAGGGGCAGUCACUUAGUUCAGGGGUAGAUAACCCCUCAUUUUCAGUGGCACUCGUAUUGGCUGGGUCCUGGACACUGGUUUGGGAGGGCUCUGUAUUUUGAUUUAAUUUUAAAUGAAGCAUCUUAAACAUUUUAAAAACCUUAUUUACUUUACUUACAAUAGUUUAGUUAUAUAUUAGAGACUUAUAGAAAGAAACCUUCUAAAAACAUUAAAAUGUAGUACUAGCUUGCAAAACCUUAAAUUAGAGUGACCAAAUGAAGACUUGGCACCCCACUUCUGAAAGGUUGCCAAUCUCUGACUGACUUAGUGCUUGGUUAGACUUUAGCAAAACCUAGAGUGGAGAUAGUGGCAGUGGCAGUAUUCUCCCCUUGCACUCACAACUCAGCCACUGCUUUAUACCAGUAGAGGACUGGUCUGUAUGUGAAAAAUGAAGGUCAGAAGUGCUUGGUCAUUAGACGGUGCUUUUUCCAAGACCAGAAGUGCUAGACUGCUGUCUGGGAAGGCUAUUAGUCCUUUUCAGUCUGAUUUUUCUAAAUGAUCUUUUAUUUAUAGCAAGCUACUUUGGAGGCUAAACCAGUACCUUUCCCU